AUGAACAAGACGCAAAAUCAGUACUAUGAGGAACGUUUUAACUUUUUCUAUUAUUGGCUAGGAGAAAUAGUAUAUGAGGAAUUGGAGAAGAAGAAUGAUUUUAAGACAGCACUGAGUGAAAUAUAUGAAGCGUUAAAAAUAUCGGUCCCCGCGAAAAAGUGUGAAGCUGAGGACCAUAAAAACAGCCACCAUGAUUUCGAACAGAGGAAAACAGUAUUCGACUAUUGGUACAACCAUGAAACUAUAAAACAGUAUUUAGAAAAUGGUGAUAAAGGCGGUUGUGGGGGAAAAUAUGCAACCUAUUUGGACAAAAUUGUCGACGACUAUAAUAACAUGAAUUCACAUUGUGCUACAAAAAGUGAUGAUCAGGAUUCAUACUGUAAGAAGGUUAGAAAAGUAUUUGAAGGAAAUAACAGUCCAGAUCAAUUAAAAUCAAAAUGUGCAAUUGCACAUAAGGACAAAUUCACAUCCUUGUCAAAAGGUCCAGAUUCCAAGGAAUUACCUUCAGAACAAGCAUAUGCUCUAUUAGAUGGAGGUCCAUGGUGUCAAGUACUUUACGCAGGACAUGAUCCGGGGCAGAAGAAGGAGCAAGAAAUAAAGACGCAAUUGGAGAAAAUAUUGAGGGAUUACACAAACAUUCCUCAGAAGGAUGAGAGUUUUGCCAAUAAAAUUCUACAGAACUAUUGUUACGCAUGUUGGAUGAAGGAACAAUUUAACACGGGUAAGGAGACCGAUGAUGAUAAUACACCCUGUUAUUUCUUGUUCUUUUGGAUAUGUACUCAAAUAAAGAACAAAUUAAAGGAAAAUAUGCAUCUGAAUGGAAAUUUUCAGAAAGCCAUGAAGGCAAUUUAUGAUGCACUGGCGAAAUUCCCUUGGAAUGGUAUAAGCAAAGAAAGGAAAUGUACUAAUAUAUACCCUGAUAUUAUGGAAUCUCUCUUUGAAGCGUUUAAAAUUUUUUUUGAUUAUGAAUACAACAUUAAAGCUAUAGAGAAGAAACCGGAGUGUAAUAAAUAUUUCAGUUCACAGUACACCAAAGAUCGUAGUAAUGCGCAGGGCUGGUAUUCAUGGUCAUGUAAAUUCUGUGGGACUACUAAUAAUGAAUAUUGUAAAAAUUUUAAGGUGAAAUAUAUAGACGAAGGGAAGUGCAACUCACCACUGCAACUACCAGAACUGACGUGCACUCCCAUAGCAGUCAAACCUGCUACAGCAGCAAAACCUGAAGCCACUAGAACUUGCAGUCCAGGUUCUCCUGAACUUGACUGUGCAGGCUACCAGAAACCCGGUUCUUCCGGUUCCGGAUCUACGGAAACUUGCAAUCUAGAUUCCUCUGGUCGAUGUGUACAUGCUUCACUUCGCCCUGAUGGUGUCUUUGAUGGGGAGGGCAAGGGUGGUAGUGACGGUGGUGGUAGUCACAGAAAAGAAGGUGAACAGCUCGCUGUUGCUGCUGGCAGCAUCGUCCCUACUGCUGUGUCUGGUGGACUUGCAGUAUAUACCAAUUUAUUCUCUGGAAUACGUGACACACUCUCCGGAAGCAUUAGAAGCAGAAAAAAACGGUCCGUUCGACAGGAAUUAAAUGCCUUCUCAGGAGGCGAUUCUUCUACAACAGAAUAUGCGGCAACUACAGUGGGUUCUUCAUCAAAUUUGUCAACAAGAGCCCCUUCAACCAUAGCAGAUUCGACAGAUACUUCUACCAUAUAUGGUAGGUCACCACCAUCUGGACGGGGAAGAGCAAAUAACAGUAAUAAUAGAAGAGGAAAUGAAAACAGGAGAACCAUUAGUUAUCAACGUAUGUAG